AUGGAUGCCUCGAUUAGGAAAAUUGCUAUAUUUGUGCAAAAAUUUGGGCCAAACAGGAUGGGAUUUGCCACUAUUACGAAGCAUCUCAACCACGGAGUUGUUUUGUGCCCGAAGGACUAUGAAGAUUUUCGAUUAUUUGGUGAAAUUCUUUAUCCAUUUGAAGCGGUUCCAAAUGAUCAGAAAGUUGAAUACAAGCAAGCAACCGGAGAAACUGGGAAGUCGGAUCCUUCAUUACUUGAAGCAAGGAAUGUUCGACCAACGCUAGCAGAAAAUGAUCGUGAACGAUUGACUGCAGAUAAUAACAGUCUUCAUAAUCAGGUGGAUCAGAAUGUUAUCUUCCCUAUGUUCACUUUAUUUGAUAACUUAUCACCAGCUGUUAAUGAGAAACAAUUUGACUCAAUAGUCGUGAAAGAUUCGUCGAUUCUAAAUGAAAUGAAAUGA